UCAGUGCACAAGCACUUAUAUUUGAUACCAGGUGCAGCCCUUAAAGAUUUCCCAUUUACAACUCAAUUCCCCCCUUACAUCUCAACGCGACUUUACCGAACUGCUGUAGCCUGGGCAAUGGAGUUGCAAGAUGCCCUCCCCACGAGUACGUUGGUCGGGACCGAUGCUAUCGACCACACCACAUCACCCGCCACGGCUGCCAUGAAUAUGGCGGCCAACUUUUACCGCGAUGUCCAGGCGUGUGCCAACAAGCACGAGCGGCAGCAGUUGCACAGACAGUACCGCGACAAGAUCCUCACAAUCGAUCAGCUCGGUGCCAACAUAGCGGCGGCUUUCCUGCCCUUCCUCGGCCCCUCAGGCAGCCGUGAAGGCGGCGCUGAUGCUGAGCAAUGGUCAGAAUUUGACCGCCUCGCCCAGCGCGGCAAGAAUAUGCGGGACCGGCAGAGCCAGCACAUCAGACACCAGUCGGGCGUGAUCGCCGCUUGGGGAGGCGAGAGGUUCCACUACUACGGCUGGGAGGCCCUGCCGCUGCCUCUCCUGAGACAGUUGCACGAGCUUGCGGUGUUGGUCCCGUGCUGGACCGACGUCGUCGACCUGCUGAAUUCCAAGAUGCUUGCCCGACAUGAGCUUCGCAUGUUGCGCGGCAAUAACAAGGCGCUCCUGAUCGGGGAGCACUCGGCGGCUUCCAAGGUGCAGAACCGCCACUCCCCCGUUGAACGCUCCGACAUCAUCUCGGCUCUGGAAGCUGCUCGUCAGAGGACAACCCCUCUGGACCUUCGGCAGCAGAUGGACCUUGCGGCGGAGAAGGUGAAGGAGGCUAGUCUCGGGGCAUUCGGCCUCGAGCGAGAUCUCUACAACAUGAUUGUGCCAUCAGUCAAUGGUGAUGGCUUGGAUGAAACGGCCUCCUCCUCCUCCUUCUCCUUCUCCCCCACUUCACAGCCCCCUGGCGGCAGUGUACCGUUAAAGGUACCUAAGCGAAUCAGGUCGGUGCCGAGCUCGGCGCAACCCUCGAAGCGUUUGGCUGCUUCUUCGGAACGCCGCUUGACGAGGGCCGCUGUUAUCCAUAGUGAUGGGGAGUUCUCUAGUCAAAGAGGCUUGGGAUUGCGAGUCCAGGCUGAGCCCCCUUCAUACCCCACCGAGGCUAGUCCUCCUGAGCAUGCAGACUCGGAUUCUUCUUCGGGCGAUGCUGUUGAGGUGACGGAAACGCUGGAUGAAGCUGCUGGCGAUGAAGGCGCGGACGAGCCAGACUGCAGGCCGAGAAGAGUACAGGAGCCGGAAUUAAGAAUUGAGGGCAGGCAUGAGAGCGACAAUCGGGAUGAUGAAGGGACUACUUGUGACAACGUUGGGAGUAAUAUGGAACAUGAUGGGGCCAACGACAACACAACAGCACAAGGCGAAGGGAUGGACAUAGAGCCUGCAAAUGAGCCAGAUCUUGAGGACAUGAGACGAGUCGAGCCAGAGAGUCAUGAUACUUUGCAACACAUGGUCACGCUAUCAGAGGGGUCAUAUGCUGUGGAAGUGGAGGCGCUUGAUGCUCUAUUCCACAUGAGCCGAGAGAACAACUCUGGUCAGAUGCAGACACAAGCACACCUUGACGUUACAAGCCCCGACAUUCCAGCGCCUCAAGCUACGGGGUCCAGCCCAGGCACCUCGGAUCGCAGCAGUGUCGAGAUGCCGGAUGCUUCUGUCGUCCAAGCCCAUCCCGGUGUUGUCGACGAGCCUGUGCCAUCGAGGGCCUUUCCAACGCUGCUGCAGACAUUGCGAGCGCGGUAUGACCCUGAAAUCAGCCGGUUCAUUGGCAAACUACGAGAGCCUCACACUUCAGAUUAUGCGGCACCACACCGUCUCUUACAGCUAGAAUGGAUCGAGGCACAACGCUGGGCCAGCAUCUACGUCGAGCCAGAGCAUGUCUUGGGCCGGAGCUGUGUGGCUUCCCAGCAGGAGGCGGAUGUUUGGUACCUUGACUGGGAUACCUUCCGCUCCUACGGUGAGAGUGGCUUUGCCUUCGAGCGUCCUGUUGUCAUCAAACAAAGGUUCCAGGACAGAGGCAUGUAUAAUAUCGCAGAGUACAUCGACAUGCUAUGGCAGCGCUUCCCCGAGCAAGAGGUGCUCAUACAGAACAGCAUGAUGGGCACGCGCAAUUCCAUGAGCGUCAAGGACUAUUGCAUUAGCGUUGCCGAGGUUGACCUCAGCUCGCCCGAGUCAGCUGCCCCCGUCAGCAACGUCAUCAACCUCGGCCGUCUAGCCCAAGCCGACGAACCAUUGCUGACCAGGCUGCCUCGAUUUGGGCUCCUCUACAUGUUGGCUGAUCGCGUGGCAGGCGUCAUGGGCCGGAGCAGUCAGGUCAAGCUCAGUGGGGUCAAGGGCAGCCUUGGCUUUGACAUGUUGGGCUUCUCGGGGGCCUUCUCUGGCUCCCGCAUGGACCCUCUGGUUGGCAGCUGGGUACGUUGUCUUGCCGGCUUCAGCAUCUGGGCCAUCGCCACCGACUUGGACGCUGGGGACUGGCAAAGAUUCUCGAGAGAUGGCCGUGAUUGGUCUCCCGAGGGCAAGAGUCGCCUCAUUGUCCUGGAGCAAGACGAUGUUCUGUUGAUGCCGCCGGGCUUGCUCGCUGUCCAUGCAAACCUUGUGCCACGGCGCUGUCUCGCAGAAGGCGGCAUGCUCUGGGACGAGUGCAAAAUUCCAGAGAUCAUAGAAGGGCUGCUCUAUAUUGUCAAAAAUCAGCAAUGUGUCGACAUGCCGCCUGGCAUCGAGUUGGGGGCUCUUGUCGAUUCAUUGGAGGCAUGGUUGGAUGCUGAUGAUUGCAUCUACCCAUCGCCUCACGGCAGCAACACUAGUGAAUAUGAUCAGGCAGUGAGAGCUAGCAUUCAGUCACUCAGAGAAAUGUUAUGA